ACUCAACAAAUUUUCCUUCUCUACAAGGAACUAUCUUACUCAAUGAACUGUGGGAAUAUCAGGUGUGUAGAGACAUCUAUUAUUACAUGUAUUCUGAUCAUUAAAGCAACAAGAAAGCAUAAGUAUGCAACAUAUAUGACAAAUUUCUUGAUCAACAUGCACUGUGUUUUUCCUGCUAGCCUUAGGCAUGCUGUGCAUUACCAUGUCCUCAUCAACCCAAAUGGAAAGGUGAUGAGGUGGCAAGCAGUUGAUUGGUGUGUUGAGCUGAACAACCUGUUUACUAAG